ACAACACAACACAAAACUCAUCACAAUUCACAACACUUUCCUUUAUCUAUCUUUUCUUUCUUUCUUCUGUUUUUCUCUCUCUAGGGCUUUCAAGUUUUUCAACUUCAAAGUGUUGAACUUUUUUCUUUGUUUUUCACAAAUUUAGCUGUACUGACCCAGAAAAGAAGGAUCAUUCAGGAACAGGAAGAGGAAAGAGGAGGUAAAACAAGAAAUAGUUGCAGAAAGAGAUAGGUACUGCACAGAAAUAGAAAGAAUUUAAGUUGGAAAAAAAAGGGAAAUUUUUAUUUGAAGAAGAAGGUUUGAAAUUUAAUAAGGGAUAUGGGGAGAGGAAGAGUGGAGCUGAAGAGGAUAGAGAACAAGAUAAACAGGCAAGUUACAUUUGCAAAGAGGAGAAAUGGGCUUCUCAAGAAAGCUUAUGAGCUUUCUGUUCUCUGUGAUGCUGAGGUUGCUCUUAUUGUCUUCUCCACUCGUGGCAAGCUUUAUGAGUUUUGUAGCAGCUCUAGCAUGGUCAAGACACUUGAAAGGUACCAGAAGUGCAGUUAUGGUGCUGUGGAAGUUAACAAACCAGCCAAAGAACUUGAGAGCAGCUACCGUGAAUACUUAAAGCUGAAAGGAAGAUUUGAAUCUCUGCAAAGAACCCAGAGAAACCUUCUAGGGGAGGACUUGGGCCCGCUUAAUAGCAAAGAUCUUGAGCAGCUUGAACGGCAAUUGGACUCAUCUCUGAAGCAAGUGAGGUCCACAAAGACACAAUUCAUGCUGGACCAGUUGUCUGAUCUUCAAAAUAAGGAGCAGAUGUUGGUAGAAGCAAACAGAUCCUUGUCAGUGAAGCUGGAUGAUAUCAAUUCAAGAAAUCACUACAGGCAAUCAUGGGAUCAAGCUGGUGAUCAAAGCAUGCAGUAUGGUGGUUCACAAAAUGCUCACUCUCAGGGCUUCUUCCAGCCAUUGGAAUGCAACCCCACAUUGCAGAUUGGUUCUGACUAUAGGUACAAUGGUGUGGCUUCAGAUCAGAUGGCUGCAACAACUCAAGCUCAACAAGUGAAUGGGUUUAUUCCUGGAUGGAUGCUUUGAGCAAAGCUUGUUUAUCUGGCUAUAUCAAAGCAUACACCCUACAAAAGAACAAAGCCAUGUGCUUAAGGUUGCAAUGUGUAAAUGCUACUUUGCUUCUAUUGUUAUUUUUUUUUUUUAUUUGGUAUAAAAACAGCUGACUUGAAACUGCUAAACCUUUGGCCUUGGUAUGACCCUCUUAAGAAAUUUAUAAUAUUAAUAUCAUUGAGUAUUUUUUAUCUAUAAGUACCG